UGUUCCACAAAAUUUAAAAAAAUCGAGAAAAAUAUUAUCAAACGACUGCGAUUUCUGUAAAACUUUAAUUGUGUGCCAUAAAAGUAUUCUAAGCUUAAAAGAAAACUGUAAAGGAAUGAGAAAAAGCGUUAUAACUGACCUAUUCCUAACCUAAAAAGUGCCUAAAGUGUUACAGAGCAACGAAAAAAAUACGAAAUAGUUCAACAGCUACAGAUAUCAUUUUCGCUUAUCGAAAAUUUAUUAACUUCUGUACGAAUGCUGAACUUGGUGCUGUAUGUAAAGCCGUUAGACAUACAUACAAACAUUUAUACAUAUAUAAGCGCUUAUUCUAUAAAGAAACGGAGUAAUAAUAAACAAAAGUGAAAUAUCUAGGAUUAUUUUGCGCCGUGGAAGCAGAUCGCCGCUUGCCAUUUUAAUCGAAGCCAACGUGUGAAAGCAUCGAGACGGAAUUGAAGCAACAAAAAUUCCACGCAAAAUACAAACAAACAUUCACACAAAAGCAAGAAAAUUGAUUGUUAAUUGCAGUGAGUGCCGUUAGAAUAGCAAAGAACUUGCGGAAAACGCUGCGAGUGAAUCAAAAACGCAUUUACGUCGAGAAAUUUCGAUAUUCCCUUGCAAUACCCCUUGAAUUGGUGAUUGCAUAAGCAGCGAAAUUGCAACGAUAACGGCAUGCGCUUGCUGCAGCUGACGUCAAAAGCAGAUAACAGCGACAAUAGAUUAGUGAGCUGCAAAGAAAGUGAUUUACAUUCAAGCUGAGGGAUUAAUUAAAGCAGGGAACAAGUGGGAGAGAAGGAGUUCCAAAUCUACCAGAAAAAUUUCAGAUAAAAGAAAAUUUGCACACAAAAACAGCAUGGAGCAUUUGGAUUUGGCUGGUGUGAUUAAUACACCAAACUUAUGGAAUAUGUCGGCAUUCGAUCAACAAGAUGCCAUAUACUUGUCCAGUUCGAGACAGAUGCUGGAGCCAAUACUGGAAGAGACGUCGGAGGAUGAGGAGCACGCACAAAACAGCUGGAAUCAGUACGAGCAGACCAGAGAACACUUUUGGAGUUCAACGGAAUCGGAGACAGGCUCUGUCAUACGAGUCGAAGUUAACAAAGAUCCCGAUUCGAUCUCAGAGCGCGAUUUCGCCUGUCCUGCUAAACGUGCGCGACGCUGCGAUGACUUCAUAAUCGGCGGCCAGCUGAGCUCAGUCGCGCAAUCCGCCAACACACAAACACAAAGCCAAGCAGCACAGCCUGUGUCGGGCAGUUACGAUGAUACAGUGCUCUUGCGUCGCACGCAACGUCCGUUUGAUUUCAAUGAGGCGAACAGCAACAGUUUGGAGCGCUUUCUUGCCUAUGAAGCCUGCACACGUGACAGCUGGGGUCAGCCGACGCAGCCUGUGGUGCCGCAACGUAACAGCACCGGCAGUCGUCGUUUCGACGAAUAUUCCGAUUCGGAUAGCAUAUCCUAUCACUCGCUCAGUCGUUCCUCCUCGCUGAUACAGUUUGAGUCAUUGGAACGACAGCUGCAACUGCAGGAGCAGCAUGCGAGCAUGUCCAGUUUGGGCAACUCGUCACCCUCGCUGCUCAGUUUCGAUGGCGCACGCAGCACCGGCGCCUUGAAUGGCGAAGACGGCGCACGUAGUGGAGGCAACAGUGGCAGCAAUUCGGGCAAUAAUAGUCGACGUGGUUCGCAAAGCUCACUGCUGAAACGAUUUGAGUCCUCCGAUGGCCGACUGCAUCAGACCUACUUCGAUUUGGAUAAGUUGAAUUUCGAUGAUGAUCAGCGUGUGCUAUUCGGUGCGAGUAAGGCCAAUUUAAUGGAAGCGACGGUGGGUGAAGUUAAAUCUGACUCUGAGUCAUCUACCAGCUCGAGCACUUCAUCAGGCAAUAGCAUUUUAACCGCAUCCAAGCCCUCGGCAGAAGAUUUGACAGACUCGAGUAGCACGGCGGGCACGCGUAAUGGCCGCAUCAUGGCAUUUCAGCGUGCCGGUAAGAGUUCAGCGGAGAAUUUGUCGGAAGACUCGGGCUACUGUGAACCGUCGACGCUGCGACGCGCCAAAUCGAAAAGUAUACCAAAGAAUUUCGAGAAAUUCUGCGAGGAGGAGGAGGAAUUCCAGCAGUACGACUACACCGUGGAAAGACAUACCGUCGAGGCCAUUGACAGUGUGACAAAAACCGUACAUCCACAAGAGCAAGCACAACAACCACAUUCCAAAAGCGUCCUCAACCACAAUCACAAUAUAAACACCGAUGUCGCGUCCACAAACCAUUACGUCGUAGGGCAUGAUAUAUGUCAGCCAAAAAUAAAUGACGCCACAUUCAUCGUAGCAACGGACGACGAAACGUCAUUCAGUGCGUCAACCACACCACCGCCACUACCCAGAACAGCACCACAAACACCAUCGCUCAACUGCGGGGAAGACGAACAUGAAGACGAUGUGGACGAAAGUGAUGAGGAGCGCAAUUCAGAUACAGAAGAAGCUAUCGGCUCGCGCUAUGUAUCGGCGUGUCCAACGUAUGAGCAUGUUAAAAAUAGCCCUACGCGAGAGACGACCGCUGCCGCUUUGUUGCUCGAACAGCGGCGCUCGUUGGCGCACUCGCCUUCGCCUGUGGCGUCUGAUGUCUCGUCGUCGUCCGCGGCGUCGGCGUCAUCAGGCAGCAGUUGCGGCACCGCGCGAUCCAACACCUCAGCAUCCACAUGCGCAUCGGCCGCCUCGUUCACAUGGCUACCAACACCCAGACAAUUGCAACAGCAACAACAACAACUACAAUCACAAUUAGAACGAACGCAAUGUGAAACGCCAGCAUUCGCCAAGUUAGAGCUAUUAGCGGCGCAAAAGCGUUCGACUCUCGAGAAUUUUUGUGCGAGUCUACGAAACAGUUUGCCAGAUAUACGCGACGCGUUAAGUUCUAAACCCUGCGAUACAGUUAACGAAACAUAUUUUCCCGUUCUGCCGGAGAAACGCAACGGUAACGACGUGAACGACACAUACGAUACCAACGGCCACAGUCUGGAGCAUGCACGGAGCGAAACGAAGACGUCAGAACAUGAACUUAUAGACAUUGAACGGUUGGAUGGUGGUGCAAAUAUAGCAACAUACAAUUUAGACGAUUCGGACUUUAGUACGACAUCGACACCGGCAUCGGAUUCAGCAUCGGCGCGUGAAAGUCACAGUGACGAAACGGACAACGAGUCCACGCCAGAGGCUAGGAAACGACAACGUGUCUACAAUAACACUGGCGGCGGUGGUGGUGUUGACUGUAUUGGUGCAACCGAAAGUAGUGUUAUUGGUGGUUUUGGAGGUUACGUCAGUGGCGGGCGGCGCAUAUCGAGUGUGCCAAGCGAACUAAAUAAAUUGGGACGCAGAAAACGUGUUAAUACACGCUAUAGACAGAGCAAAUCAUCACCCGAAGAGGAAGCCACAAGUGAAACUAGUCCCAGUAAUUCCAGUGUAGACGAAGCUGAGGAAGAGGACUUUUUCGACACCGCGACCUCGUACCGUAUACGACGUACUUGCAGUUGGUCCGAGCGGCGUGAACGCAAUCUACAACGUUUUGAGGCGGCGUUCGGCGAUAAAGCGCAACGUGAGGGUCAACGUCAUUGGGCCAGUCAAUCGCUGGGUCAUAUGAACGCUAGCUACCAGGACCUGACGCAACUUGAUUAUUCGGGCAAGCAACUGGAGGCGGGUAAACAGCGCAUUAGUGUACAGACUAAUUUGAAACGUUGUUGCGAUUACUUAACGAGUGAGGGCGAAGGUGAACGCGACUCGGACAGCGAAAACAUGGACACGCCCAAGAGCACGGCCAGUGCUGAUUAUGAACAUAUAAUUUGCAAGGGCAAUUUCUUGCUGGAUGAACUGUCACAAAUAUACGAUCGCAACGUUUCGAUUUUGAAUGAUAAACCGAUUGAAGCUGACGAGCAUUUACUCUUGCCCACACGCGAAGACAACGCGGAACGUCCGAGCUGCAGCCCGCGUCCACCGCCUCGUCAGCGCAAACACUCCAACUCAAGUUAUUCGGAUAUGGACAGUGUUGGUGGCAGUGUGGGUUGCGCCGACGAGCAAGUGGCCGUGGCGCAGCAUGUGCAAUUGACCAUACGAAAGCCGCCCGCGCGCCAGAAGCACGCACGCAAAUCCGAGGCCACACACAGUUUAAUUAGUGACGCGCCAUUAUUUUCGAGUGAUACAACAACCACAAAUACAUCGAGUGUGGCCUACGGCAAGACCUUCGAUCAGGAUCCAACCAAUUUGCAUACCAGCUAUACCCAGAGUCUGGAGAAAUGCAACUUCGAUCCGAAAGAGCUGAGCAACAGUGAGUUGAAUAAGUCCAAUUCGAUGCCGAAGCGUCGCUUCCACUCGCAAGCGAAUGCCGCGAAACAGCGCAAUAUGGUAUCCAGCACGCCGAACCUAAAUGCCUACGAUCCGCACGCGAACGAUGUGGAGGACGACAUGUACGUGUCCAGUGCACACACUUCAAUGCACCAGCUGCCGCUGGCCGCCACACAGAAACCGCUGGGCAUACUGCUUCCCGCAGGAUCUCGCACCUCUUUCAGCAAGGAAGUCAGCUUUUGUCCAGUGGUCUCACAGUACUCCUGGCAAGAGCAAUCCUCUGAAGAAUACGGUGAACAACAUCAACAUCUAGAUAAUGAGCAUGCGGAGGGAGCGGAGAAGCAAGAAGAUACCGACGAUGAGCUGCUGGACAAUGCAGAUGCUACGGUAAUACAGAAUACACGCGUUAAUGAAAUGAUUGCGGCGCGCUAUGCCGCAGAAUUGAAGAGCGCGCUCGCCGCAGGCAACGCAACAAAGAGUGUCGCGCAAAUAAAAGCGGUGCCAAUUGAAAAAGUAAGAGCAAUGAUUAUUGUAAGAGAGCGACAAGCAGCCGAAGAGCAAGAGCGAGAACGCGCGCGUCUGCAAGAGUGUCCAAUAGGCUUCGGAGAGAGUGACGCUCAAGAGCAGGUAGAGAGCAGUCUUGGCGUGGAAAAAACAUCGCACAAAGCCACUGACUACAGCGUUGAGACAAAGGGAGAAGCAUUAAAACUCGACUCAAACGACGCCGCUGUCGCUAGCAAUGCAGACUACAGUGAAACGGUGAACACUGGAACGGCGCAAGCGAAUGUUAGUCACAAAUCGACGAUCAUUGAUGCAACAACGCAUGUUGUACAGGCGGAACAAACGGUCACCGUAAAAGCAACUAGCGAAAGUAACGUUGUUAACGACGAUAGCGACAACGACGCGCAAUCUAAUCGGAAUAGCAGUUUUAGCGGUGCCAGUGGGGGUGCGGUCAGCAGCAACGAUAACGCCAGCGAUAGUUAUAACUCGACUGUUAGCGGUGCAGAGCCAACGCGUCCGCUCAGCAUACACCUGCCGAUAUUGAGUGAGCCGCCCAUAAAUCGCGCGCAUCACAUACUCUACGCGUCGCAGCAGUUGCUCGACAAGUUCGAGCGUCGCGAAAGUGAGCAAUAUUACGGUCAAAAUAACGGGCCCAAGUGUGAAAGUGCUAUAGGGGGUGUGGGCGUGGGCGUGGCCGAUAGGCGUGCGAAAAGUGUGGGUAAUUUGAGUGCGGCGCAAACUGCACGCUACAGAAUGUCGAACGCAACCGUGGGUGUGGGUGGUCAAGGCGGCAGCAGUGCUGCGGCGGCCAACAACAACAAUGAACUCUUGAACAAAAAAUUCAAGGAUGAAAAACAUCCCAGUUCGAAAGGUUUCCUGUCGCGUUUCGCGCACGGCUUGCGUUUCUCGCUGAGACGCAAAAAUAAAAAACAGUUGCAACAACAACAGCAACAACAACAGCAAUUGCAGGAGCAGCAAGACGGCGGCGAGCUGAACGGUGUGGACAAGUCUACAAUGCGUAAGAGUUUCGGUAAGUCAGCAACAUUGCCACAUAUAAAACAACAACAAAAAGCACAACAGCAACAAAAACAAGCGUCUGUACAACAAAUUAAGUCGUCAACGCAAAAUAACACUAAACGUGCAACCGCUCAAAGCGGCCCCGACUAUAUUUACAUACCGCUAAAAGGUCCUAUACCACCAGCAGGUACAUUUCCACAACAACAGCAACAACCACCAUCGCCAACGACUUCAGCGAACGGUAGCAAUUCGGCUACAUUGCCGGCCAACUUCAGUCCAGCUGACGCAAAAAUUGCUACCAACAAACAACAAAAGCCGGCAGCAGCAACAACAACAAAUGCAAACAAUAACAACAGCGCCACCAACGGCAACGCGAAAACCACCACUAUCAACUCGAACAAAGGCGGCAGUGACAAGAAUACUAUGCGCGCCAUCACAGACCGUAACGGCGAGCCGCUAGUUACCGGCAAACCGCCGAAGCCCUAUCGUUACGGCAGCAUACCGGCCACCACCUCUAGCACGACCAUAAUCACCAAAUACUUUGGCAGUGGCCGACGACAGGGCGGUGGCGGCGGUGUGCCGGCACAUGCGCAGAAGGAUGGCAAUGGCAUGCCGAAUGCAGCCAACUUCAAGUCGCGUAGUCAAUUCUACACUGAUUUCCUCGAUGCCGAACGUUCGUACUACGAUGACGAUGAAAUCGAAAAACAGUUAGAUGCGGGCUUGCAAGCGAACGGUAACGCAGUCACAGCAACGGCAACGCCAACAAACGACGCGCCCGCUAAUGUGACAAACACGUCGGCCGUAACGGAAGUGCUGUCACAACAAACGGGAAAAGAAAACAAUCAACGCGACGCAGAUAGUUCGAGUGAAAACGCGAGCGUUGCAACAGCAACAACAGAACGCAAAUAUUCGGUGGAAUACGAGACUCCGUCGGCGGCACUAGAGACGGCUCAAGUCGCUUACUCCUUGCCGGGUGUUACACGCGAAACCGUUAUGUUAUUAACAACCGGCGCAACCGGUUCCGGCGUGUCGAAUGCCGGCGACGGCAACGGACGCAUUGUCGCGCCCACCUACACAACCAUGUCGAACGCGUAUUUGCAACAUACCAAUAACAAUAACAAAAUCGGUUUAAUCGAAACCAAUUUGGACACACACGAAACGGUCAUAUCGGGUAAGACGCGUUCGCUGGUGGACAUUGUCGGUCCACAGCAGCAUCAACAACAGUACGUGGUUGUUGGUGGCGCCGGCGGUGGCGGUGUGGCGAAACGUUUGAACAUGAGCGCGGCUUGUGGCGGUAAUGCGGACUUGGAUGAGGAUGAUGACGAUGUGCGUGUUUACGGUCGCGAUGUUGGUGGCCGGGGCGGUGGCGCUGUUGUCAUCAAAUCAACAACGGCUAAUGGCAGUCAGAUAGCGUCGGUGCGUCGUCCGCACAAAAGUAUGGAAUUCCUGUUGGACAAGGAAAAUCAGAAAAAUGUUUUGCCACCCGAAAAUGAGCUACAGAAAUCGCACGAUCACAAUCCGGCCGCCUUGAGCGAACACCAGCUGCGUGUGCAGGCUUCACUGCAACGCCUCAACAUACCAGACUGGUUCCGACAAUACAAUCAGAAUACAUCACGCUCGCCGGAGGGCAAUACGACCGCCUACAAACCGGGCAAUUUCACACGUAAACGCACCACAGAAUCCGGCCGUUGGGCGGGACUCAACUCGAAGACCACAUCGCUCAGUUCAUUGGGCUCACAACGGUCUGAUCGCAGUCCACUACUGCUCAGCCCCUCGGCGCAUAGUCAUCAUGGCGGACAGGCGGCGCAACAGCAUGGCACCGCCGGCACUAGCGUUUAUAGCGCGGCUGGUGGCGGCGGCGGUGGUGCAGGCGCAUUCUCGCGCUGGUCCACAUCGCAUUUGAAUUCGUCACAAACAUCGCCGAGCGUUUCGCAACGUGGCUCCUUCACACGUGGCGGCCCGAUCAACUCCAGUUUCAUAUCGGUGGCUAGCGGACAAAGUAGUGUGAUAAGAAGUUCCUACCGGCAGCCAUAUUUGGGUUGGCGCAGUCAGGAGAAGCUGUCACAGCGCACCCCACAUGAACGGUUGGCCUCGUCGUUACUCGCGCAACAACAACGCACAUCGCCCACACAAAGGACCGCCGGCGUCACCGCGAACGGUGACAAUGGCAAGCUGCAACCGGUCACACCGGAAAUACAGAGCUCCAUCAAGGAGGUCACCUCGGCGAUUGUGCACUAUGUGAAUGAUCAGACGCAGCAGCAGCAACAACAACAGCGCAGCAGAUCGGCGAGUCCCAAUUCGAGAAAAUGUUGGCUUGAAUCCUCAUUUGUUGGCAUACGACCACUGGACUCACCGCAAACACCGGUCAUCGAGACGACAGCAACCGCAUUUAGUAGCGCUACGAAUACCAACAACAAUACAGCAACUAACAACAGCAUUAGCAGCAGUCAAUAUAAUAAUUAUAAUUACAAUUACAAUACAAGUAAUUCAUCAUCAAAUACAUUAACGGCAAUAACAACACCAAAUAGUGUUGGUGGCGUCGGCAUCACCACAGCGAUAACAACAAAUCCACAUGUGUUACGCAUGAACGGUCUGAGUAUCGUUGGCGGUGCGCCAGAACGCUCGUUGAGCACCGCUUCGCUAGAAGAUGUCUUAGCCUCACUAUUAGGACUGCCAUCGUCGUCAGCGUCGUCCAGUGGUGGAGUGCAGGGCGUGAACGUGGGCGCUGGUGCGGGUGCGGGUGCAGCUCUUGGCGCUAGCGUCGGCGUCGGCGUCAACGUCAACGCGGGGCCCGCCGCCACAAGUGAUCCAUACGCUAGGUCCACGACGACAGGCGAUUCAGCUAGUCAGUCCCUGGUAACAUUCCGUCAUAUGCCGCAGCAGCAACAACCACCACAAAUUCCCCAAUCCCAGACGCAACUACAGCAAUCCCAACAACAACUACUACUAGCACAACUACAGGCCGAACAGCAACGUUUGCGACGGCGCAGUGAGGGCGAUGCACCGCAACAACAAAAACAACAACAGCUGCAACAACAACAGCAACAACAAAAUGCCAAAACCAAUUCGUCAACCGGCAACAGCAUCGGCGCAACGACGCAGCACACCAACGUUGCCGGGUACUACCAAGACGCCAGCGUCAACAGCCACCACUCGUCAGCCGCCGGCGGCAGUGGCGGUGGCGUUGGAGGUGGCAGCGGUGUCAUCGGCGCCGGGAACGCCACACUGUCGACGCGCCGUGUCUCGCUCGGCGACAGUUCCGAGUCCAAUAAUAAGACCACAUCCGAGCUGCAGAUCAAGUGCCGCAACACCAAGUGCGAUCGUAGCGCCACACCCGCAGACGCCAAAAAGUAUUACAAGUCAUGCCACAAUUGUACCCAUCUAUAUUGUUCGCGUGAAUGUCGGCGCGCCCACUGGGAGAAGCACCGCAAAGCAUGUCUACACUCACGCGCGUCGAAUUUGUGCCGCCAAGUGUUAGCCACGUGUAAGGAUGAUGUCGAUUCGCAGCGCCAUCUCAGUUUGUUAGCGCGCAAGGGCUUCCUGUCGCAGGGGCGCGGCGUUGUGCGGGUGCUCUUCCGUUCCGCCGAGGCGGCUGAGAGUUUCAUCAAGCACGGCUUUCAGUGUAUGGGCGAGGCGUCCUAUGUGCGUUGGCCCGAUCUGAUGCCCGCCGAAAUGGGUCUCGAGCUGUACUCGGAAUUGCUGAAGCUAAGCACCGAAUACAAGCCGGACUCCAAGAUGCUCAUCUACGUGGCCAUUUGUGUGGUCAGCGAAGCGCCGGGCAUGGGACAGGCGCCAGUACGCUGGGAACGCCAGCUGGUCUCGCGUUGUGCCAAACUGAAACUCUGCAAGAGCAUCCUAGCCGAAUUGGAGCAACAACAUCAGGCCCUACAACUACAACAACAACUGCAGCCGUUAACAGUGGUUGCCGUGCCGGAACCCACCACCGAGAUACUCAUACUCACAUUCAAUCCAAGUUUACGUUCGAAUAACGGUCAGGGCGAACUCAUACUCUCCAAUAUCUUGGAUAUCUUGUCUCGACGUGGUGUGCUAUUACGCAAACAUUAUCCCGAAAUUUAUCAGCGCCUACAAACCUUCACCGAUGGACAAACGGAUAAAUUCAAUCCGGUAACAUUGCAUCCACGCGACUCACAAACCGGCAAAAGCUUCGUCUGCAUCAUUAUGCCAGUACAUACGUCCGACAGCGAUGUCAUCAAGUUGCCAUCGGCAUCGGAUGGCGGCAACCGUGUGACCACCAUCGAUGUGGGCUCACCGGCUGCGUUGGCACAACUGGAUGACGACGAGCUACUCACACGUUCUACAAGUUGAUUUUUAAAAAGCAACGGUCGCAGUGGUACCAAGAAACGCUCUUCGUCGGCAGGCUCGACCGGUUCGACGGCGUCGGAUCUCUUAUUGAUGUCCGCAAGCGCGGAUGGUGCCGCCGGCUCUUUGACGCUGGAAAGUACACGCAUGUAGAGGGUGUGUCGUUUGCUUCAAGGUCGUAUCGGAUAUAGGAACGCAGCUUAUGUAGUUUUAAGUCAGUUAUAUUAAUAGCUAUACAUACUAAUAUACACAAAACAUGCAUAUAGUCUUAUAAUCAAUCUCUCUUAUAGCCUGAUUAACGAACAAAAGAAGCUUCCUCUCUUAGCCACAUUUAAAGGAACGCAUACCGAACUCGUAUUUAGACACCGCACACCGCAUACAACAUAACAUGAACUUUAUACAUACAAAGUCUCUUUAGAAGUAUAAUCGGGAAAUCUUCCACAUUUCGCUCAUAUCAUGCUAAUUUUCGGAAAUCGUCUAAUAUUUAUGCAUAAACAUACAUACAAGUACAACAAUACUUCUUCAUAUUCGUAUUUAGCUAGAUAAUAUUUAUGUUAUGAGCUUUCUUAGUGUUAAAAAAGUGUAAAAAAUAAGUCGAGAAGUCAUGGGUGAUUAUGAGAUAAUACAAAAAUUUUAUUCGCAAGCAAGCCAAUAACGAGAUAUUGUAGAAUUGAAUGGGAGAGAUAUGGGAAGAAUAGUAACAAAAUAGAUGUCUUAAAUAUCUGUUACACAUUUUUUAAUCAGGACUGAUGUAUUAAAAAACUCCGAUUGCAAAAAAAAAAGUUCGAACUUUCAAGACACUCAAAGUUUCUAAAGAAAAAGUGGUGGUACGUUAAAAAAUUAGGUCUCGGAUCAUUCACCAUUGAACCUUUAUAGCAAAUAGCUUGUAUUACUCGGAUUACAGGGAUUUCGAAGGAGCUUGAAACUUCAAAAGAAAGAAAGAUAGUACUUCGUUAAAAAUAUUAGGCCUCGGAGCAUAACGUUUUUGACCUUGCAUAGCAAAUCGCUUUCAUCCAGGGUUAUUACGAACGAACAGAACAAAUUGUAAGGCUUAUAGAACCUAUCAAAAUCACUUAUUAAUUUUUUACUAAAAAACUUAGAUUUCAAUCAUGAAACAGUGUUAUACCUAACAUUACAUCCGAAAGCAGAAUCUGAUCAAGUAAGAGAUGGUUAAACAACCGUUUCUUCGUGUACGUAAAUCUAACCGAAAACAUGACAGCUUAUACAACCUAACAGCGAGAAUUAAUAAUACAUUCAAUCGAGUUUAAGGUUUAGCGUUUUGAAAACAACUAAGUAAAAAAACUUUAAAGAAAAUUGUCAGAACACUGCUUAAUUUUCCAAAAGGGAUGAAUAUUUGUAUUUCCAUGACCAACAAAAAGUCAAGUUUAAGCCGAAUGAAGUCACGAGAGGGUUUAGUGCUGACACCAAAAAGCCCCUAUGAGUUCCACUCUCAAAUUCCAAGACCCCAGUUAAAAAAAAAAAACGUAAAAUCAUGAAUUCCUCCUUCAAAUUCCCAAAACCCAGUUUUCGAGAUACGUGAAAUUCUGUGAAUUCCUUCCAUAAAUUUCAAAAUACCAGUUUUCGAAAAACAUAGACUUAGAAUUCCAUGAAUUCCUUAUUUAAAUUUUAAAACUCCAAUUUUCGAGAAAUAAGGAGCACUAUUAAUUCCUUUGUUAAAAUUCAAAAUCCCAGUUUUCGAAGAACAAAUAAUUCAAGGAAUUAUUUUUUUUUUAAUUUCCGAAUCACAUUUUUCGAAAAAAGUAAUAUUCGAUGAAGUUCUUCUUCCAAUUUUAAAAUCGCAGUUUUCGGAAAAGGUAGAAUUUUAUGAAUUACUUCUCACAUUCCAAAAUCGCAGUUUUCGAAAAACAAAGAAACCUAUGGAUUCCUUUUUUAAUCCCACUAUUUGAAAAACUGUUGAAUUUUAUGAAACUUUUCUUUAAAUUUUCAAAUCUUAGUUUUCGAAAACGUAGAAUCAUAUAACUUCUCCUCCAAAUUCAUAAAUCCCAGCAAUCGAAAAACGGAGAAUCCUUGGAUCUCCUCCUCCAAACUCGCAGUUUUCGAAAAACAUAGAAUUCUAUGAAUUCCUUCUUCAACUUCCAAAAUCCCAGAUUUCGAAAAAUGAAGGAUUCUAUGAACUCAUCUUUCUUAUGCCAAAAUCCAGUUCUCGAAAAUCGUAGUAUUCCUUCUUCAAAUUCCAAAAUCGCUGUUUUCGAAAAACGUUCUUAUGGAUCCCUCUUUCAAAUUCCAAACUCUUAGUUAUUGAAUACCAUCCACUAUCACGAAAGUUUAUAAAGACUACAUAUUUUAAACAAUUAUACAAAUGCCGUAUAAUUGCCAUUAAAAUAUUUUAUUAAUAAAUUUGAAGGUUCAAUGGAUUACUGUUUUGUUAACUUACUGAAAUAUAACGAGUAGUUCAUGAAAUUGAGCCAUUUAAACGAUUACGAAGGAAACAUUUCAAAAAAGGUUGAAAUUAUAGUAUUUACGCUUUGAAAUUUUUCAAAGUUCUAAAACCCCAAAGCCUUAUAACAUUUUCCAAUCACUUGGAUGUAAUAGUAUCCUAAACGUAAUCCCUGCAUAAGUGAAUGACUAAAGUAUAACAUUGUAACUACCAACAACACUCGUAAGAAGCAUCUGCUUCUUAAGAAGAUGAAAAAAGUUCUGAUAGUAAUCAAAAUAAUUACUUCAAGAAACAGAUUUUCAUAAUGAGAAUCCAAGCUAUACUACCAUGAAGACUUGGUUUACCCAUUAUGGGAUCAAUGUAAAUAAUCAAAAACCGAUGAUGGUUAAAAGUGUUGAAAGGAGUGAGAUAGAUAUUGAAUAUAAGCUAGUCAAAGACAGGCGUUUCAACAUUACCAGCACUUAAAGAUUACUUCAAUUCAUGCUUAAGACGUUGUCACGAUUCUGAAUAGAAACUACGAUCAAUAGAAAUAUCAGAUUGAUUUCAGGGUUUUCAGAGAUAUAAAUCAAUUUAGAAUUCUCCAAGAUAGAAAUUGGUUAAAUGGAAACACGAAGGAGAGAUGUUUUACAUACGGAUGUUCCCCUUUAAGGCAUUAUAUUCACUUGCAAAUCAGGAUUACUUAUCUCUUUUGAAAUUUUUAUGAAAUAAUUUAAAAUAAUUUGAUAUGAUGUACUUAAUUCAUGUACUUUAAUCGGUCUCCAAGAGGAUCUCCAUCACUCCUCAUACGAACGUUAUUACUGCCAAUCCAAAGAACAGAGUCACAACAAAAUCCUCUAGUCGCUAACGGGCAACUGCUGGGGAAAAUGCAAAGAAAUGUUGUUGGCAACACACAAGGCAAUCGGCAGACCGUUCAUAAACUUCCCCGCACCGAUAUGAUCAUCUGGAUGUAGUGAAAUGCAGAUGAAGAAGGUUCCGACGUAUCAAAAUACUGCACAUCGUUUACUCGAUGCCUCUUGAUGUCUCCAGUUGAACAUUUACAGCAUGCUUCCGGUCAAGAAACAUAAUGAUCUUCUUUUCAAUCAGUUGCUAAUGGAAUGUUUUCUCAGAAGCCAUCUCUGCUUGAAGCGGAACCGCAUCCUAGAAACAUCAAACGAUAUUUCCUAGAUUACGUCGACGACAUGACUAUACGCCAACCAGUCUGCGAACGCAACCAACUUUAGACACGCCCUAACCACCAUUUAAAGUGGAGCAUUCAACACCUUUACCGAUCGCCGUCAGUGAAUGGCGAACUUGGAGUAAAACUAUCUCCCAUGCUACGAGAAUCUAGGGGAACCCUUCAAAAAUUCGUUCUGGAAACUGUAGCAGGUUAAACUCCUACUUAUCCAGAACCGACCAGGACAUACUAAAUAUAUCAUACAUCACUCUAACCAUCGCUUUGCAUGCCCAGGUUCAUCUAACACCCUUCUGAAUAUCGUACGAUCUCGACGAAAAGUACGUUUCCUGGACCUAUUGUUGGACGUUUUCGAUACUAAUCCAAGAGGGACCUAACCUCCUAAGGGGGGUCUAGUACCCCAUUCAUUUAACACUCUUCUGCCUAUCUCCGACCCCGUCGAAAAAGCAGUGCCUAUCGUUAAUAGCCGCUUCAACAAGUACCAAAGGAAAAGUUGCCUGGCGGUGAGGAAGAUUUUAUAUUCAAAAUUAUCGAAAUUAUUAUGAAAAAUCUUCUUCUCUCUAUCCUUACCUGACAAAUGUAUUGAAGAAGACCGUAUAGAAAUCUCAAGACUGCUCAACCGUUUCGGAGAAGUAUGUCUCACGUGCUCGGAAAGCAGAAAAACGCGUUUAAAGUUUUGGGAGCGAUUAGAAAUACGCUCACAUCUUCAAAACUCUUUAGCAGAUUAACUUUAAAUUUUCAGAAAAUAUUUUUAAAUCAACGAACCCGAUCAGCUUUAAGUUGAUGGAAAAUAUUUUCAAUUAUGUACAUUCGAUAAAUAAGCAAAAAAAAACUCGAUUUUUUGAAAUUCACAAGUGGACAUAACCCCUAUAAUAAGAAACAUCAUAAGGAUUUGGCUACCAAAAUAAAAGAAGUAUUGAAACGAGACGCUUGAAAAAAGUCUCCCAAUUGGAUUACGGAAAAUAUAAAAAUAAAAUUCGGAACAAAAAUUAUAGGAAAAAAAUUAAAAAAACAAAAGUUAUGAAUUUUCAGGGGUUCGCAAUCAAUAAAUUACAAAAAAAUCUUGAACGUUAAAUAACAUACAUACUCCUCAGUGUAUGUAUAUCCUUAAGCUUCCAGUGAAUACCAAGUAAUGUAAAGCGAACCAAAAGAUAUAGAAAACAGAGCUAGGUUAAAAUAUCGCUGAAAGUAUAUAUACAUAUAUAGAAAUUGUUAAAUCAAAAGUUGAGUACUUGAAGGAAUAAAGAAAUUGGGCAGCCAUUAGUGGCGACAACAAAGCAACGCCUCGGCGCCAACAAGCAAUGGAGAUGACUGUUUAGAAGCAUUAGAAUAACGUAAAAAUUCAUUGUAUGAAGAAAGAAAAAAUCUUUAUCAACAGAGACUUAGUGAGUAAUCAAAAUAAAUUCUAACAUUUCGACGCUUAAGCAGCAGAAAGUGGAGCGACCGAACAUUGGCGGCAUAUUUCUAUGUUGCGUUGCAAUUAAAACGCCUUGCUUUAACUAAACUCAUACUCAUGCUUUCCCAUUACGACUAACUAAUGACUAAGCCGACAUUUAAACUAGUAAUUAAUUAUAUGAGAAAUAAAAUAUAAAAAACAAAAA